CUUUCAUUCAGUUCUGUCACUGUCACAACAAAAAUGGCGAACCGCACGGUAAAAGAUGCGAAGUCAAUACGAGGCACAAAUCCCCAAUAUUUGAUAGAAAAGAUUAUCAGAUCCCGUAUAUACGACUCCAAAUACUGGAAGGAAGAAUGUUUCGCUUUAACUGCAGAAUUGCUAGUCGACAAAGCUAUGGAAUUGCGAUACGUCGGAGGCGUGCACGGCGGUUUCAUUUAUCCGACGCCGUUUUUGUGUUUAGUUUUAAAAAUGUUACAGAUCCAGCCUGAAAAGGAUAUUGUGGUUGAGUUCAUAAAGAACGAAGAGUUUAAAUAUGUGCGUGCCUUGGGAGCAUUUUACAUGAGGCUCACAGGAUCUUCGGUAGAUUGUUACAAGUAUUUGGAACCUCUUUACAAUGACAAUAGGAAGUUGAGGAGGCAAAACCGGGAAGGUCAGUUCGAGAUUGUGCACGUAGAUGAGUUUAUAGACGAACUCCUUCGUGAAGAACGUCUGUGCGACGUGAUACUGCCAAGAAUACAGAAGCGCCACUUCUUAGAAGAGAAUAAUGAAUUGGAGCCCAAAGUUUCGGCCCUUGAUGACGAUUUGGACGAAGAAAUGCCGUCUGAUGAAGAAAAUGUCGACACUGAAGUAAAAGAAAACAAAAGAGAAAAGGAGCGAAGGGGAGACAGAGAUAGAAGGAGGGACCGGUCAAGGGAAAGAGACAGACGUGAAAAGGACCGUAAAAGGGACAGAUCCCGCAGCAGAGACCGUGAUCGCAGAAGAGAAAGGGAACGUGAACGUGAAAGGGAAAAGGAGAGGGAGAAAGAAAGAGAAAAAGAUAGGUCUAGGGAACAGAGGGAGAGAGAGAAGGAUAGGAGGGACAGAGAUAGACAUGAUGUUGAUAGAAGAAGAGAUAGAGGUAGAUACUGAUAAGAAUAAAUGUUUGAAGUACA